AUGGCGAGUAAGGUGAGAGUUACGGGAGGGAGAAGUUGCGUUUCAGUGAUCAUUUUCAAUAUUCCAGAGUUCCUUCAUUAUCAAGGUCUUUGGUUAAUAUUCGAUAAAUAUGACGAGAUGGUAGAUUCUUUCAUCCCUAAUAAAAGAAGCAAGGGAGGAAGCAGAUUCGGUUUUGUUCGCUUCAAUAGAUUGGAGGAUGCGAAACAGGCUAUCAUUAGUGCUGAUAGAUCAAGGAUUCAAGGAAAUAAGGUGAGAGUUUUCAUGGCUAGAUUUCAACCUCGGGAGGCCUAUUGGAGAAAGAAGUGUGUUGUUGCAAAAUCAGCCGAGGUCAAGUGUAGAGAGGAGAAUUUUAGUCUUUCAGAGGUUCCCAUUGUCGGUGUCGUUGAUGAGGAUAGCUAA